AUGGCGCCGGAACUCCACUCCGUCAUCCCCAUCCUGCGCGUCUUCGACGUGCCCAAAGCCGACGAGUUCUACCUCGAAUACCUGGGCUUCAAAACCGACUGGGAGCACCGGUACGACGCCAACGCCCCUCUGUACCGACAAAUCUCCCACGGCGCCCUCAGGCUACACCUCAGCGAGCACCACGGCGACGGCAGCCCGGGCGCAAAGCUCCGCAUCUCCACGUCCAACCUGGCCGAAUACCACGCCGCGCUGACAGCCAAGCACUACCGCUACAUGCGGCCCGGGCUGGACGACGGGCCGGCCGAGGGAUCCAAGGAGAUGACCGUCCUCGAUCCUUUUGGGAACGCGCUUAUCUUUUGCCAGGAGGCCAAGGAGUAG